AAGUCCAAAUUUUGACUGGAAUUCUCUUUGUUUCUCGGCUCAGGAACAGAAAGCAUACAUCAGAUUUCAAAGCCCCCAAGAAAGAUUGUCUCUAGAAAUGACGCCUCAUGCUCCUCCAUGGCAAAGUACAGACAUCUCAGUCGAAGGUUUGGGGAAGAUCUCUGCAGCUUGAAAUAAACCAGAACAAUAGUGUCUCCCUGACUAGCUCUGACUCCCAAAAUAAUGCCUUGAGCGUUUCCCGUAAGUUGAAUUCCCAGCAAAACGCAAAUUUUUCCCUUUUUUGGCAAUAGUGAUACCUGUAGACAUGUUUUGGCCUUUUGUGGAUUUAUUUUCCCACGACUGACAAACUUAUGCCUGCUUGUGACCUCCUAAUUGUGUGGUAAAUUCCAACAUGUCGAUUGAAAAGCGCAAGGCUUCCAUCUGUUCGGGUUAAAGGUAAGCGGCGGUGGCUCCUUCUCCUUAGGCGUGGCCCACAGCCAGAGCAAAUGUAAAUAUCAACGGAAAAAUGACUGAAUAGCGACAGGCAUCCGCUAACACAGAGGGGCCACGAAAAUGAUGCGCGUAACUUUUAUAAAAAGGACUGGCAAACGGAGGGAUCGACAUCUUCGGAGAUCGGAGCUUCCUAACUCAGACUCUGUCGACUAACUGGGGAAACUGAAACCAAGGCAACGCGGGAGAAAGAAGUCCUAGCCAACCAGAGAAACGACCUGGGGAUUGUCGGGGUUGGGUGCACAAGGUCAACACGGCCAGAGCAGCUGCGCGGGGAAGGAUGCAUCAGACCCCAGAGUAGGAGCCAAAAUUCCAAAGAAAACGGCAAGGCCCUUGGGCCUGUGGAGAUUCUAUGGGAAUGUACAUGAUGCUUCCACAAACGGAAAAAAAGCGACAGCUAAAAGAGGAGCGGAAAGCAGCGCAAGAAGUGAACUUCUACCUUUCCACCCAAGAGUCCAACUGGUAAACUAAAAGAGUGGACGCCGGACGCUUGCGUCAUCUCCCGGGGCCGGAAUCGCGAUUACCAGAAAGGAAAAGCCUCUGGAGGUAUUAUCUUUGAGCUCAAGUGAUACAUCGUGAGCCAACUUUCGCUUCUGGCAGAAGCUAUGCAGUCAGAUGGACAAGGCCGAAAAGAAGUCUCUCUGCACUAAAUACUGUAAUUGUGUAGCGGUAUCCAAUAUAAACUGUCUCCAGAUCUGUUUUGCUUUAACCUUACGUCUUAAUUUGACGUUGCCCAAACAAAAGAUGGCGGCGAAGGCGCUGGGUCGUACCAUAGAGUCUCAAGCCUAGAAGAGCCUGUGGGCGGGGAAACGCGCCCUGAGACUCACCUCCUCCCCAAUACCGGAAGCUGGGGGCGUGGCCCGCGGUGGUAGCUCGUGCGUCCGCGCGAAGAUGGAGGAGGAGGAGAGCAUCCGCGUGGUUCACUGCGGCGGCAGCGAGUUGAACUUCAGGAGAGCAGUGUUUUCCGCAGACUCUAAGUAUAUCUUCUGUGUCUCUGGGGACUUUGUGAAAGUUUAUAGCACAACUACAGAAGAGUGUGUGCACAUUCUUCAGGGACACACAGACCUGGUGACCGGAAUCCAGCUCAACCCUAGCAACCAUCUGCAGCUGUAUUCUUGUUCCUUCGAUGGCACAAUUAAAUUGUGGGACUAUCUAGAUGGCAUUUUGAUAAAGACUUUCCUUGUUGGACCUAAACUUUAUGCCCUCUUUACUCUCACCCGUGCUGAGGAUUCUGUCUUUGUUAUAACAAACAAAGAAGAACCAGAUGUGUUUCAGCUGGUUUCAGUGAAACUGCCAAAAUCCCCAAGCCAGGAAGUAGAAGCUAAGGAACUGUCUUCUGUUUUGGAUUAUAUCAACCAGUCACCCAAGUGCACUGCCUUUGGACGUGAGGGAGAGUAUGUUGCUGCGGUACGGGACUUUUACUUGUCGGUUUAUUUUUUCAAAAAGAAAACAACUUCGAGGUAUACUUUAUCAUCAGCAAGAAAUAAGAAACAUGCCAAGAACAAUUUCACAUGUGUAGCCUGCCACCCAAAGGAAGACUGCAUUGCAUCUGGUCACAUGGAUGGCAAAAUUCGUCUCUGGAGGAAUUUUGAUGAUGACAAGAAGUACACUUACACGUGUUUACACUGGCACCAUGACAUGGUCAUGGAUUUGGCUUUCUCUGUGACAGGCGCCAGCCUGCUGAGCGGAGGGCGGGAGUGUGUGCUCGUGGAGUGGCGCGAUGCAGCUGAGAAGAACAAGGAGUUUCUCCCGCGGCUGGGAGCCGCCAUCGAGUACAUCUCUGUCGCCCCCGCCGGAGACUUGUUCUGUACUUCUCACGCGGAUAACAAGAUAAUGGUUAUUCACCGAAACCUUGACACAUCAGCAGUAAUUCAAGGCCUGGUGAAAGAUAGAAGUAUCUUGACUGGUUUGAUGAUUGAUCCAAAAACUAAAGCUUUAGUUUUAAAUGGAAAACCUGGUCACCUGCAGUUUUAUUCCCUCCAGAGUGAUAAGCAGUUAUACAAUUUAGAUAUUGUGCAGCAAGAAUAUAUCAAUGAUUCCGGUUUAUUCCAAAUUGAGCUAACAAAGGCUGCAUUUGGUUGUUUUGGUAACUGGCUGGCAACAGUGGAGCAACGGCAAGAAAAGGAAUCUGAGCUUGAAUUGCAGAUGAAACUGUGGAAAUACAACAAGAAAACACAAGGGUUUGUCCUUAACACGAAGAUUAGCAUGCCACAUGAUGACCACAUCACAGGUCUCUGUUUCCGUAAUGCAGAAAGGUGUGAAGCUCUCACCUUGGUUACAGCUAGCAAAGACGGUCACUUCAAAGUGUGGAUAUUAACAGAUGACUCCGAUAUAUACAAAAAAGCUGUGGGCUGGACCUGUGACUUUGUCGGUAGCUAUCACAAGUAUCAGGCAACUGACUGCUGUUUCUCUGAAGAUGGCUCUUUAUUAGCAGUUAGUUUUGAGGAAAUAGUUACCGUGUGGGAUUCAGAAACGUGGGAGCUUAAGUGUACAUUUUGCCAACGAGCUGGGAAAAUAAGGCGCCUUUGCUUCGGGAGAUUAACGUGCUCAAAGUAUCUUCUGGGUGCUACUGAAAACGGCAUUCUCUGCUGUUGGAACCUGCUCAGCUGUGCAUUGGAGUGGAGUGCGAAGUUAAGCAUUGGAGUUAUGGAACCAGAUCCACAUUCAGAGCACAUCGCUGCCGUCUCUCGGUCUUCUGGGGGUUCCGAUUUGUUUGUAUUUAAACCUAGUGAGCCCAGGCCAUUGCAUAUUCAGAAGAGCAUCUGCAGAGAAGAAGUGCAGUGGGGAGUGUUUGUUCCCCGAGACGUGCCUGAGUCGUUCACCUCCGAAGCCCACCAGUGGCUGAACAGAUCCCAGUUUUACUUCCUAACAAAAUCACAGAGCUUAUUGACCUUCAGUGCAAAGUCUCCAGAAGAGAAGCUCACACCAACCAGCAAACAGCUGCUAGCAGAAGAAAGCCUUCCAACAACCCCAUUUUAUUUCAUAUUGGGAAAGCACAGGCAACAACAGGAUAAAAAACUCAAUGAAACGUUAGAGAAUGAACUGGUACAGCUCCCUUUAACAGAGAACAUACCUGCAAUUAAUGAGCUGCUCCACACUCCGGCCCAUGUGCUGCCGUCUGCAUCUUUCCUGUGCUCCAUGUUCAUAAAUUCAUUGCUGCUGUCUGAAGAGACCAAAAGUGCUGAGGAAACUCCUGAUGAUGUAGAUAUGGAGGAAGAGAAAGAAAGUGAUGAUUCAGACGAAGAAAACAAUCUUACUGAACAUGUCCAGGUUACGGGCAACGCAGAUUUGGGAGAAGAUGUUAUAUAUCAGUUGUCAAAAUCUGAAGAAAAAGAACUGAGGAAAUUCCGGAAAGUAGACUACAGCUGGAUUACUGCUCUUUAGGUAUGGGAGAGGAUGGGCCUGGGGAGCCCUGCGCUUUCUGUUUUUGACUGUUUGUUGAUACCCAAAAAAUAUUUUUAAUAUUGUUUCUGUUCUUAAAAUAUUAAAUGUUGACAGCUCGUAAUACACUGCUGUGUGUGCUCCGUGCUGGCAGUUGCUCGAUGGUUCAGUCGUAUCUCAUUAUCUUGAGUCCCAUCGGCCUCAUAAACUAGGUGAUAAAGCACACCCGGGGCUGGAACUUCCGCGGCGUGCGUGCCCCUAGCCACAAGUCGGAGAUGAUGUGAAGUUUGUAACUGAAAGGCAUUCAGUAGCCAGAGAUGACCUGCACUGGUAGGAAGGGCUUUCGUCCUUGUUCAUUCCUGUUAAUGUAAUUAUCCCAGAAAAAUCUGGAGAUAAUUUGAUAAUGUUGUGCUCCACUGGCCAUACUAAAGCUGUUAGGGGCUGUCUAAAAAUCUCACAAUAGCAAACUCAAAUCAUCUGGUCCACGUUUCCCAUUGCUAAGUGGAAAACAGUCCAAGUGCCCUUUUUUAUGUUAUAACCAUAAACUUGUGACAUCUAAACUACUUAGCAUUUUACAUUUUCCAGUUCCCUGAUAAGAAUUCUAUAAACUUUAUAUGAAAGUAUUAACAUAAAACAGUGAAUUGCACAAUUCCCAAGAGUGCAGCACAGUGGAUGUUCACGGGAUUGCUACAAGGGCCUUUUUAGUGGUAUGCACUGGAGACUGCGUGGGUGCCAGGGUGCCCCCCGCCAUCGUGUUAAAACCUACACCUAACCCUCAGCCUGUUCGGGCUUGGAAGUAGGGCCUUUGGGAGAUGAUGAAUCAUGAGGAGGAAACCUUCAUGAGUAGCGUCUGAGCGCACAUGCAAGAAUGCAGAGCUCUUCCACCUCUUGCGUUGUGUGGGGACACAGCAAAGAAGACACCAUCUGUGAAGCAGCAAGCCAGCUCUCACUGCACAUCAAAUCUGAUGCUAUUUUGUUGGGCUUCCGGCAUUCAGAACUGUGAGACAGAUUUCUAUGAAUGGUGUUUUAUUGAAAGUUGCCCAAACGGACUGAGUAUCUUUGCACUAGUAUCGAAGUAAGGUCUAUAGCAGCUCACAAGCCAUAUAGUUCAUGCAUUUCAAGUGGACAAUUCAGUGUUUUUUAGUGUGUUCACAGCAUUGUACAUCAUUGCUGCAGUCAAUUUUCAAACAGUUUCAAACCCCAAAAUUACCCCUUCCCCCCAACCACCCCGCCCAAACCCCUAGGCAACAACCAACCUUUAUCUCUGUGAAUUUACCUAUUCUAGAUGUCAAAAGUGGAAUCACUGGCUUUUUGGAACUGGCUGCUUUUGUAUUAGUUCUAUAUUCCUAUUUAUUGUUUUCAUUUCUCCUGGGUAUAUGCCUUGGAGUGAAGGUGCUGGAUCAAAUUUCUUACGUUUAAAGCCUGUUAAAGAAUUACCAGAGUCUUAACAAAGCAGCUGUCCUAUUUUAUAUUUACAUUACGGCACAUAAAUGACCCCAUAGCCUGAUUUAUUAAAUGAAGGACCCUUUGCAAGGUUUGGUUGUUUUUGUUGUUUUAAGUCUUUUUUUUUUUUUCACCAAUUUUAAAGUGAAAGCAAAAUGGAGAAGGUGGUAUUUUACAGAGUACGUAUUGUUCUGAAAAUGCAGGGUUAGUUUUUGAGGCCAGUCUGAGGUUUGUGCUAAUCCCAAGUAGACUCCAGCGGUCUCUUGCCUCUGUUCUUGGUGAACUGCUUGUGGUUUAGCUUUUGCUCUCACGAUGCUACCAGCCUCCUUUUAAUUGCUUACCACCAAGAUCCCUAUUGGGUUUUUGUUUUGCUUUGUUUUUUGUUUUGCUUUUUUUUUUUUUGGUACUGGGAAUUGAACUCAGGACCUUGUGCUUGCCAGGCAGGCACUUGUGCCCUUGAGCUAUACCCCCACGCACCCCUGUUGUUUUUGAAAACACACCUUAGACUUGAACUUCUGCAAUCUUAUUUCAAAUAAUGUGAGCGUUCUCUACUCAUACGGACUGCCUUUUACAAACCCUUAGUAACUGGGUGAUCACAAAGGCCCAUCUCAGAGUGACACUCGCGCUUCACGAACUGGGCAGACAGAAGCCUCUGGUCCUCUCCUGGCAUAGAACUGCUGCCCUGUGACCUAACGGAGCCACAGUUUAUUUGCUAUUUGCCCUUGGGAUAAUUCCUGGAGACUUUAAAUGUUGAAGUGUCUUAGUGUAAUUUUCACUAAUUAUGGUUGUUCUGAGGACCCAGCCCUUGGGUCUCAUGUCACUGUCCUAGCGGGACUCGCAGGUCUCACAUCUGUGUCCUGUCUUUCCCUUUCUUCCCCCUUUAUGUGUGCAGUGUGUUGAACAAAUCCAGCCUGGGGUGGGAUCACUGAUUGUUCAGAUGUUUUAAUGGCUUUUAAUAUGGUCCUCUCUCCUCUGUGUAUUGGUAGUUGUAUCUAGAAUAUUGGAUUGUAUUUCUGUCCAACACCAAUAAAAUGCAAGUCCUACA